AUGUAUAUAAAUAUUGGAUAGUGCAGGUGUGUUUGUAUAUGUCUAUAGUGUAUAUGGACAUUGGACAGGGCAGGUGUGUAUGUAUAUAAUGUAUAUGUAUAUUGGAUAGUGCAAGUGUGUAUGUGUAUGUAUAUAGUGUAUAUGUAUUUUUGACAGGGCAGGUGUGUAUAUAUAUAGUGUAUAUGGAUAUUGGACAGGGCAGGUGUGUAUGUAUAUGUAUAUAAUGUAUAUGUAUAUUGGAUAGUGCAAGUGUGUAUUUAAAUGUAUAUAGUGUAUACGUAUAUUGGACAGGGCAGGUGUGUAUGUAUAUGUAUAUAGUGUAUAUGUAUAUUGGACAGGGCAGGUGUGUAUUUAUAUGUAUAUAAUGUAUAUGUAUAUUGGAUAGUGCAGGUGUGUAUGUAUAUGCAUAUAGUGUAUAUGUAUAUUGGACAGGGCAGGGGUGUGUGUGUACAUGGAUAUAGUAUAUAGUAUAUAUUGGACAGGGCAGGUGUGUAUAGUGUAUAUGUAAAUUAGACAGGGCAGUUGUGUUUGUUUAUGUGUGUAUAUGUCUAUGUGUGUAUAUGUGUGUAGUGUGUAUGCAUAUUGGACAGGGCAGGAAUGUGUACAGAAUAUGUGUAUAGUGUAUCGUGUAUAUAGUGUGUAUAUGUGUACUGGACAGGGAAGGUGUGUGUGUGUAUAUGUGUACAGUGUAUAUGUAUUUCGGUCAGUGCAGGUGUGUGUAUACAUGUGUACAGUGUAUAUGUGUAUUGGACAGGGCAGGUGUGUGUCUGUAUAUGUGUCUAGUGUAUAUGUAUAUUGGACAGGAGAGGUGUGUAUAUCCAUGUGCAUAUUAUAUAAAUAUUGGAUAGUGCGUGUGUGUGUAAAUGUAUAUAGUGUAUAUGUAUAUUGGACAGGGCAGGUGUGUGUGUACAUGUGUAUAGUAUAUAUGUUUGUAUAUAUGUGUGUGUGUUGUACAUAUGUACAUUAAAGCAGGCUAAACCCAAAGUCUACAUAUAUAAGCAAAAAUAUAACCAACUGCUAUUUUAUUAUAUACUGGACAGUGCAAGUGUAUAUGUGUAUAGUAUGUAUGUAUGCGUUGUACAUAUGUAUUUUAUAUCCAGGCUGAACGAACCCAAAGUCUCUGUACAUAUGCAAAAAUUAUCCAACUAGUAUUACAUUAUAUAUUUUUAAGAGUUUAAGAUGUUUAUAUUUUGUCUCAUUUUCUCGAUAUUAGUUGUCAUGCAUAAGUUUUGUAAUGGAUAUUUUGUCCAUAAAGGUGACUUUAACAACACCCAACAUGUAUGUGUUUACAUGUAUAUACAUGUUUGAGGUCUGGUCAGAGGGUGCUGAAUAUUUUUAUUGGAUUUUAGCUGGAUUUUUUUAAUAAGCUGGAAACUGCAGAGACCUUGGCAUUCCUUGUGUUGUUGCCUCGUAUCUCUAUACAGAUACCAUUUACGGGCCCAUAAAAGCUGCCUUUGUCCCUUUAUCACUAUGUAACACAAUGAUUGUUGUUCCUGGGUUAUCCAUGUCAUUUCCUAAUUGUGUCUAUCACAAAAACAUGGGAAAAUUGUAUGAAGCUGCCAUUGCACGUUUUGCUCCAGUUUUGCAAGGAACAUCUCAACCCAAUUUAACAUUGUGGCAGACACAAAAAACGAAGUUUCGGGAGCAGAACAACAACUUUCAAAGGGGGGCUCCGGAGGUGAGUGGGGCCUGGGUCCGGGCGAGGCCCCCGUGGUGGAGGAUGGCCUUCCAGAGGCCGGAGGGGGUGCCGCUGCUGCAGGCGCUGGCCAUGACCGUGGCCGAGAUCCCCGUCUUCCUCUACUCCACCUUCGGACAGGCGGCUUUCUCGCAGCUGCGCCUGAGCCGGGGCCUCCGGAAGGUGCUCUUUGCCACGGCCCUGGGGACGGUGGCCUUGGCCUUGGCCGCCCACCAGCUCAAGCGCCGACGGCGACACCGGAAGACGCUGCCCCCGGCCCCAGAGAAAGUGGCCCCCAAGCCGGCCGGGGCCCCCGUCCCCAUCUUGCCCACCAGGAGGGGGGGCCCGUCCGUCAAGAAAGGUUCCUCCGGGAGGCGAGUGCAAAGCCCUGGCAGCAAAAGCAAUGACACCCUCAGCGGGAUUUCCUCCCUCGAGCCCAGCAAACACUCCAGCUCUUCCCACAGUUUGGCUUCGAUGGCGGCCCCAAACUCUCCCAGUCCGGCUUCGGCAGGACCCUGGGAGGCCCAGGCCUUAGACGAUCCCGGAGCCGCCGGAGAUUGCAGCCCUGAAAACCUCUAUUUCCAAGGGAUGGAGCUCUUUGAGGAGGCCUUGCAGAAGUGGGAGCAAGCCCUCACCGUCCGGCACAGGGACCCUUCCGGGAGCCUCUCCGUCGCCUGGGACGGCGCCACCGAACCCCCACCAAUAGACCUCCCGGAGGAAUCCCAAAAGAAGGAGUUUGCGGAGAAGCUGGAGUCUCUCCUUCAUCGAGCCUAUCAUCUCCAGGAGGAGUUUGGCGCCACGUUUCCGGCCGACAGCAUGCUCCUAGACCUGGAGAGAACCCUAAUGCUGCCCUUGAGAGAGGAGUCGCUGAGGCUUCGGGCCGACGACGACGAGGACAGCCUGACUUCGGAGGAGUCUUUUUUCUCUGCGGCCGAGUUGUUUGACUCCCUGCAAAUCGGAGAGGAGCCCUUCCUGCUCUCCAAACCGGCGGCCGCUUACGAAGAAGCCUUGCAAUUGGUGAAGGAAGGGCGGGUUUGCUGCCGGACUUUCCGGACAGAGCUGCUGGGCUGCUACAGCGACCAGGACUUCCUGGCCAAGCUCCACUGUGUCAGGCAGGCCUUCCAGGAACUUUUGCGGACGGAGAGGAACCAGCGGUUCUUUGGGGAAGUGGGGAAGCGCAUGGUGCUCGGACUCAUGGCCAAAGCCGAGAAGAACACCAAGGGCUUCCUGGAAAGGUAUGACGCCAUGCUGCGCUACACGCUCACGCCCGAGACCUGGCCGACGACCCAGAAGGAGCUGGAAGGCCGAGGGGUGGUCUGCAUGAGCUUCUUUGACAUCGUCCUGGACUUCAUCCUGAUGGACGCCUUUGAGGACCUGGAGAACCCGCCCUCCUCAGUCCUGGCCGUCCUGCGCAACCGAUGGCUCUCCGACAGCUUCAAGGAGACGGUUCGCCCCUUUGCGCCACUCACUCGCACUCGCGCCGGUCGUGGGACCCAAAGGGAUCCCCUCUCUCGGGGCCUUGGCAACAGCAUGCUGGUCGGUGUUGAAAGCCAAGAGGCGCCUCUUGAUGGUCCCCGAAGGCUUCAUUUCCCAUUUCUACUCCGUAUCGGAGCAUGUCAGCCCCGUCCUGGCCUUUGGCUUCUUGGGACCAAAGGAGCAUCUCUCCGAAGUCUGCGGCUUCUUCAAGCAUCAGAUUCUGCAAUACCUGAAGGACAUGUUCGACCUGGACAUUGUGCGCUACGCUUCGGUGCCGCUCCUGGCGGAGGACGUGCUGCAACUUUCCCGGCGCCGCAGCGAGAUCCUUUUGGGGUACCUGGGGGUCGAGGCCCCACUGACGCCCCCGCCGGAGGAGGAGGAGGAGGAGGAGCAGGAGAGCAGUGGGGCCCACCGAGGUCAUCCAUCUGGGUGAGGUCUCGGCGUCUUCCUCCCACAAACCGAUGGGACUCCAACUUGGGAGAAACGCGAGCGGGCCAUCCCGAGGAAAUCCUUAUUUUCUAAAGACUCCUUUUUGCCUUCGUCUUUUUUAAAAAAUCUGAUUUCUCACUCGUUCACUUUAUUUCCCGUCCUAGCACGUGUCUGUGAAGAAAGGGGUCAUUUCCCAACAAUAACAACAACAACAACUACAGUAGAGUUCCGGUUAACCGACUUCCGGUUAACCGACACUCCGUAUUAUCCGACGUCCCAGGCCCCUUGGGAGGCGUUCAUGCCGGUUGCUAGGUAGCUUGUUAUCUACCUAGCAACGCUCAAAGGCACCUCCCAAGAGGCAGGGCGGCGAGCAGAGAAGCGCCUAUGUGUGUUGCUAGGUAGAUAGCAAGCUACCUAGCAACGCGCAUGGGCCGAGUGCUCGCUGCUCUGCCCCUUGGGAGGCGCCUGUGCACGUUGCUAGGUAGAUAGCAAACUACCUAGCAACGCGCAUGGGCCGAGUGCUCGCUGCUCUGCCCCUUGGGAGGCGCCUGUGCACGUUGCUAGGUAGAUAGCAAACUACCUAGCAACGCGCAUGGGCCGAGUGCUCGCUGCUCUGCCCCUUGGGAGGCACCUGUGCGCGUUGCUAGGUAGAUAGCAAGCUACCUAGCAACGCGCAUGGGCGCUUCCCAAGGGGUGGAGCGGUGAGCACUCGGCUUAAGAAGCACCCCUGAGCGUUGUUAGGUAGCUUGUUAUCUACCUAGCAACAAGCACGGGUGCCUCCCAAGAGGCGGGGCAGAAGCACCCCUGCGUGUUGCUAGGUAGCUUGCUAUCUACCUAGCAACGUGCACGGGGCACUUCCUUCAACCGGCUUGCUGGAUAAUAGGGCCUCCCUAUUAUCCGUCAGAUCCAGUUAUUCGACAUUCGCCCCGCCCAUUUAUGUCGAAUAACCGGAACUCUACUGUAUUAUUAUUUCCCGUCUAACCUAUUAUCAUUUUAAUGGGAUGAAAGCCAAUGUCUAAAUUUUGACAAUUUACUUAUUUCAAAAGGAUACCAAACUUUUUCUCCCAAUAUUUCUGGUCUUAAUAUAUUAUUUUUAAUGUCUUGGGCCUAGUAUUGAACAAUAUCUUGACAGGUUUAAAACCAGAACUAUUAUUAUUCUAGCUGGUCUAAUCUAUUCUUAUUUUCAUGGUGAUAUUGGGAUGAAAGCCAAUGUCUACAUCUUGACAAUUUACCUAUUUCAAAAGGAUACAAAACACUUUCUCCCAAUAUUUUGGGUCUAAUACAACAACAACAAUAACAACAACAACAACUAUUAUUAUUUCCCGUCUAACGUAUUAUCAUUUUAAUGGGAUGAAAGCCAAUGUCUACAUUUUGACAUUUUACCCAUUUCUAAAGGAUACAAAACAUUUUCUCCCAAUAUUUCUUUUUUUUAAUAAUAAUAAUUUUUAUUAUGUUAUAAGUGAGGUUUCUCCCAAUAUUUCUGUUAAUGCCUUCAGCCUAAUUUUUGGAACUAAGGCCAACAAUAAUUCGACAAUUUACCUGUUUAAAACAUACCAAACUUUUUCUCUCAAUAUUUCUGGUCUAAUAUAUUAUUUUUAAUGCCUUGGGCCUCUUAUUGGAACAAAGGCCCAUAAUAUUGUGUUAAAAAGGAUACAAAGCAUUCCCUCCCCAAUAUUUCUGGACUUUUUUUAGGAUCAAUUUGUGCCCUUUUUGGGGGAAACAAAAGGAGGUUAACUGAGCUUCAAUACAGAGAGAGAUCAUGUUCCUUCAAAUAAAAUUAAACUUUUAAUAGGAGUUUCGUCUGGAAAGGUUUUUCCAUAAAUUUGGGUCUUAAGAUAAGUAUGAUGUCACAAAAUCCGUCGAAAUCAAACACCCCUUUGCUUUGUGAAACCCGACAAAUGUCAUGAAUGUACUGUUUCUGUGCCUCUCUUUCUCCAGCCAAUCUCUCCCUUCCCGUGAAACUGUAAAUAUUCCUGUUUAAUUUUGUUUUAUUGCACUGUGUUUCCCUUCCUUUUUUUCUAUCCUGGGAGGGAUUUUAACAUUGAAAGGUUGAAAAAUCAAAUAAAUCUUUUUCUUCAUGAUCAGAAAA